AUGGAAGGGAUAGGUCCUAAUUCAUGUCCAAGGCAAGGGUUAGAGAAGAAAGCAAGGCCACAAGAGCAAAUAAAUUGUCCAAGGUGCAAUUCAACCAACACAAAGUUUUGUUAUUACAACAACUAUAGUCUCACACAGCCAAGAUACUUUUGCAAGACAUGUAGAAGGUAUUGGACUGAAGGAGGAUCUCUAAGAAAUGUUCCUGUUGGAGGUGGUUCAAGAAAGAACAAGAAAGUUCCUUCUUCAUCAUCAUUAGCCAAUCCUAAUAAUAGUAACUCAUCAAAAAUUCCUGACCUAAAUCCACCCACCCUUCAAGUCUCACAUCUUUCAUCUCAAAACCCUAAAAUGCAUGGAGGUCAAGAUCUUAACCUAGCUUUUCCAUCUAUGGAAAACUAUCAUCAUCAUCCUCAUCAUCAUAAUCAUCAUGGUAUGUCAUCAUCAUAUAUUGAGAUGCAUAACAAUAAUGAAUCAUCAUCUUCUUCAGCUCUUGACCUACUUAGGUCUAGCAUGGCAUCUAGAGGCAUUAACCCUUAUGGUAACAAUACUAAUAACUCUUUGAUGCCAAACUCAAAUGCUAUUUACCCUUCUGGAUUUCCCAUGCAAGAAGUUAAACCUAGUCUUGGAUUUUCAAUUGAUGGAAUGAAUGGAAAUAGAACAUAUGAUCAUGUUCAAGUCCAAGAAGGUGGCGACGGCGGUGGUGCCGGUGGAAGACUCUUGUUUCCUUUUGGAGAGGUUAAUAAACAGCUUUCUACAAGUGGUGUUGAAGUGGAACAUAAUAAAGAUCAACAAGGAAAUUCAACUGGAUAUUGGAAUGGAAUGAUUGGUGAAGGAUCAUGGUAA